CAAAUGAUGUUGAAUUUUCUUCUCACAGGUGAUUGCCAGGAUGUGAUCCAGCACCCUGACAUCAGCUGGAGCUUCGUUUCCCAGCAUGCAGAGAUGAACUGCAGCCACAAAAAAGAUGCUGGUCACAACCAGAUGUACUGGUACAGGCAGCGUCCAGGGGAGACCAUGAGCCUCAUCGUCUAUACUGUUUAUGGUGGGCAGCCAGACUACGGUGGAGCCUCUCAAACCAAAUACACAGCCAGCAAAGAAAAAAUCGACUACGGGGCUCUAACAGUGAAAGACUUGCAGCCUGAAGACAGCGGAGUGUAUUUUUGUGCCGUCAGUGUUUCUCUGGGUGUUGAAGUUCACCAAACUCCUGCAGAAGUUCUCAGAAAACUUGGAGAGAAAGUCCAGCUGGUCUGCAGCCACAAUAAAACCGACUACACUCUCAUGCAGUGGUACCAGAAACCCGCUGGAGAACAAGCUCUGAAGCGCAUUGGACACGUGUAUUACGGCACCAUAGAACACGAGAAGCCUUUUGAAAGCAACUUUAACAUCACUGGAGAUAUGAGCGGAGAAACGGCAAAGAACGGUUCUCUGUUUAUAGCCGACCUAAAGGCAGAUCACAGUGUUUGUCUGACUGUGGAGGUCCGCCAGUCUCCCUCCGAUAUCAUCACUAAACCUGGAGACAAAGUGCAGGUUUUCUGCAGCCACAAUGAAACGGACUACAGGCAGAUGUUUUGGUACCAGAGGUCACCUGGAGACACAGCCAUGAAACUCAUCGGAUAUUUGCGCUACAAUGAUGCCACUAUGGAAGAGACAUAUAAAGGUCUCUUCAAUAUCACUGGAAAACUGGGUGUUAGUCUGGGUGUUGAAGUCCAUCAGUCUCCUUCUGAUUUCAUCACAAAACCUGGAGAAGAAGUGCAGAUUUUCUGUAGCCACGAUAAAACUGACUUCAGGCUGAUGCUUUGGUACCAGAGGUCACCUGGAGAAACAGCCAUGAAACUUAUCGGAUAUUUGUACUACAGUGAUCCCACUGUGGAAGAGAAGUAUAAAGAUAAUUUCAACAUCAUUGGAGAUUUGAGAGGCAGUUCAAAAAAGAAUGGCUCUCUAAAGAUCCAAGUUGUUGGACCUGAACAGGGAGCAGUUUAUUACUGUGCAGCCAGCAAAGCACAGUGA